CCCUCCAAGAACUCGAGCUCGCCCUCCUCCCCACUGCUCCUCUCUCCAAGAAACCAGCAGGCUUCUCCACCAAGAUCACGAACAACCUCCACCACACUGAGCGAGAAAUUUGUUCUCCCUUCCCCGGAGCUUCUCCGCGCCCCCCGGCUAUGGACAGGGCGCGCGUGCGCGACCUCGUCGAGGCGCUCCUGGUACGUCAGCCGAUUCUUGAAAACGAUCCUACUUUCUUGCGUAGGGCGCUUGUGGUCGAAGGCGUGUCCUUCACAGUGUCACCGGUACGCUUGGAUUCGCUCUUGGGAGGCUAUGGAGAUGUCAUGGCGACCGUCCUGGUACGAGACGCCGCCAGGCGCAGGCGUGCUGGCAUGCUGGUGUUUUCCGAAGAGAGCGACUGCUUGAAUGCCGCGGAGGCGGAAGCGGAGGAGGCGGCGGCUCGACAAGGAAUUUACCAGAGGAUUUCCAGGGUUGAUGAGGAGAUUCUGCAGGAUUCGGAACAGCUUCUGAAAGAUGCGGUGGAGCAGCAGAGCAGGCGGAGUUCCACCGCCGAGGCAUUCCGCCUGAUGAUUUCCCGGCGAUAUCUGGAGGUAGACGACCAAGAGGAUCUUCACUUGAGGUGCCUCCUGCUGAGGAUGGGGGAGGCGAGCACGGAGACGCCCAGCCAUAUGUAUGGCGUCGCGACGAACACCUUGAGAGGGACCGGAGUAGCGCGCGCCCUGGUGGUUUACCGCUCGAGGAGGAUGGCCAUGGUGGUGUUCGACGACUCCGGUGGCAUCGAGCACCUCGCCAGGUAUGAUUCGGGGCUCUUCCCCUUGGUUGCCGAUGGCGCCGUUGGCCAUGGCACGGCGGUGGUGCGGGACCUCCUCCCGCUAUUCUGCCGCUCGCCGGAGUUCCUUGGCCGCGUCGUCCUGCUCCAGGAACCUGGCAACGCGCGCCGCGACGCCGGCGACCUGUGCCACCGCAUAGAGGCGAGCCACACGGUGGAGGCGCUCAUGGUACAUCGCGCCGAGCGGAUAGCGGUGGUCGUGCUGCGCAGCGGCGCCGACGCCCGCGCGCUGAUGACGGAGUCCGACCAGUUCUGGACGCUCACCUGCGGACGGCGGCCGGUCACCACCCUCGUCGGCGUCCCAUCCCAGCCGUUCUCCCCGCGACAAGGACUGUUCCCGGAGGCGGUGAACUUAGCCGUUGCUCACAUCCACGCCAGGAUGCUGGAGUGCUCCGGCGAUGAUCCAUUGGGGUUAGGUCGGGGGCUGGUCGAGCUCGAAUCACUCCGGGCUCCUUCGUUUGUCCGGGGAGGCAAACUCGCACAGCGGCCUUCCUCCUCCUGGAGCUACCUCCUGGGUUCAGGAUGGAGGACCAGCUCAAGAAUCUCCUCUCGCAGUUUGGUCAGAUCGAGAGCUGCGUCGCCUACUCGGAGAGGGCGGCGGCACUGAUCAUCUUCUCGACGCCGGAAGAAGCGGCCGGAGCGCUGAGGAGUCCCCUGGCGGAGGAGCACGGCCACCCUGCGCCACGAGACGAUCGGGUGAUGGAGUGUCUGUACCUGCUCCGGUAUAGGCUGCUGCUCUUCACCCGGGAGGUGCUCCACUCGAUGGAGCUCGGUGAAGCAGCCGGCCCGCUCGCUUACGAAGACGCCUUGCCUCAGACCAUUGCCAGCGAUGUCCUCCCUCCUGAUGCGUAGAGUUAGCUUGCGCAUCUCUGUCACUGAUCGUAGCAUGGUUGUUUGAUUGUGCCGUUGUUGCAAAGUUUUGUGUUUUGUAGCUGCUGCUGCUGCUGCUGUAACCUCACUGUCCCUUGAUACGCAAACUUCUGAAUUCUAUAU